ACUCUCCAUCUUCUGCAUCCAGAGUUAUUUUUAUUUGGCAAUUUGUGUAGUAGACACUGACUGAGCACCAAAAAGAGCAGCCGCGGCGUAUUUUUCUUCUGAAGAUAAUUUUUAACAAUGGCUAGCCAGGUAAGACCAUUUUAUGAGAAUGACACCACAUUCAUAGCUCCCUAGGGGAAGACAUUAGCCAUGGUCAGAGCCAUUGGCAAAUGUCAAACUUAAGCAAGGAUUUCUGGGGGAGGAGUGGCGGUGGUGGUGGGUUUUAGCCCUAUGCUUUCCUCAGAUGAAUUUCUGACAGAUUGUUCUCCCCUGCUGUGGAAUCCUUAAUCACGUCAACUGAAGCAGCUUGGGGGCAGAACAAGAAGCUUUGCUUUCUGCACUGUUGCACAGUGAGAUCUUGUGGUGGGACUUUCCUAUAACACACACUAUUUAGGAUGCCUGAACUGGUGCGCUAGAAGUGAAAUGAUACCAUCCAUGUAAGUAAACCUUAAAUGAAAAUGUUUAAUCUCUAUCCCGAUGGUGAGGGAUGGUGAGGGAUAUUGCCUUUGUUAUCUGGUCGACUGCCGCCUCCUUCCCUUUUCCUUCCCAUAUAACUGCCUCUGCUGGUUUCUUUUUUUGGAUGUGGCAUUUUUUUUCACUUGCAUGUUGCUAGUGUAAAAACUUGACGUAAGCUCCUUUGGCUGCGCUUUAGAUUCAGUCUACCCCAGACAGUUGCCCUGAGAUAGUGGCCAAUACCUGGCAGUGUUGAUCAAUAUCUCAGAGAAGAGCCCCAAACCCCUUUUAGGUUAAAAAUAAUAAUUGGUGACCUGGCCCUGCAUCUCAUACGCUGGACCUCUUUCUGCUGUAGCGUCUCUGGGCAAGUCUUGGAGAGAUCUAAAGCAGGGUCCUGUUGUAAAAGCAAGUCUUAAAUUUCAUGCUUGGUCAGCCUCUAAUGGUUAACUUUUUUUUUUAAAUUAAGGAAACCGAGGGGAGUCAAAAUGUUGGCGUGAAAAGCAGUUACUCCUAUAGCCAGCUUGACCAAGUCAGGGGAAUAUGGCUUUUCAUACAAUCCUUUGGCUCUGUUAUUUUUGCCAGGCAUUUUCCCCAGAGGCUGCUUUCCCUCAUGGGAGGCGGAGGGAGAGAUGGGACCCCAGGCUUCUGUCAAGGGAAAGGCCAGAAUUUCCAAGACAAGAAUUUGUUAGGCCAGAAUUUACAAGGCCAGAAUUUGCAAUAUUUGUAGGAGAGUUAACUCCCGAGGUGGAUGAUUUCUUGCUCUAUGACUACUUUUUCAAAAGGUAUCCAUCUUCUGUAGACUGCAAAGUGGCCACAGAUCUGCUGGGAUAUUCCAGGGGUUAUGGCUUUGUCCGAUUUUCUGAAGAAGGUGAUAUGAUGAGAGCAUUGCAAGAUUGUCAGAAUGCGCCUGGUCUAGGUGGAAAACGAAUCCGAUUGACUUUAGGCAUUUCUAAAAGAUUGAAAGCAGAAUUUCAGCGGUACCAGCCCUAUAGUUAUAAUGAUUAUUAUCAAGACUAUCAAAACUACUACCGCCAGUAUAAUUAUGAGAGAAAUGAACGCUUCGAUCGCUAUGAACGUCCUGACCGUUUUGAACGAGGUAACCGUUUUGGGGACCGUUUUCCUGAACGUUACCCUGAACAAUUUGGGGACCGUUUUCCUGAACGUUAUGCUGAGCGCUUUGGUUCCCGUUUUGCCGACCGCUACGGUGACUACCCUGAAUAUGGAGAAUAUAAUGCUGAAUAUGGAGAUUAUAAUGCUGAAUAUAAUGACUACAACUACAGCUAUGCAUCUUACGAAAGGAUGCAACCGAGUGGAAAUAUGGGACAGCAAGCUAUGAAUCCAGCUGUAUUUCAGGAGACCUCUGCUAUGGUUAUGAAUGACGAUCUAAUAACAGAAGAUCCACAGCUCAACAUAGACGUUCACAGAAUGAACAGAGAAUUUAUGGUGAGAAGUGAAGAACUCUUUGACACACUUAUGAGCUGUCAUUGGCAACCUCUGGAUACGGUCACCUCUGAGAUCCCUACUGCUUUCUAAAAGUGUCUUAUGUUAACACCAUAGCAUGACUAUUAUGACCAAGGUGCUAAACUGACAUUUCUUCAACAUUACUUUGGAUCCUAAGUUUUUAAGCACGGUGUUGGAUUUUGUUUUGCUAUGCUUUGAUGGCCUUUGUCAUUUUGUUCAUCACUCGGUAUCUUGAAAUCAUGUAAAUAUUCUGGAAAUGUAAAGAGUUAGUCUAAAGAUAGACUUGCUUAUGUAAAUAAUAAAACUUUGUUUCUGGAAA